UCGUAUAAUAAGAUCACGGUUGCUUUUAGCUCUGGCUUUUGGCAGACUCUUCUUUUGAAAGAUGUCCCAAUUGUGAUAUCUUUUGAAAGUGGUCAAAGGUGGUGCCUCGUCACUCUUUUUCGGCUAGGCACGUCGCUACAGGGCGCGUCAGUUGAUAGGCCGCCCUACCGGACCGGAGGCGGCCCGCCCGGAUGACAACAUAGGAUGAUUCAUUUGAUGUAAAAGAGGGGGCCCGUUUCUCGUCUCGCAGGCAGGGGUGAGCUUGAUAACUAUACAUUGACCACGACUAUAAAAGGACCAACGAUGAUCGUCGGAGGAGAAGGAGGAGUAGGAGCUAAUUCGGACGGAAUCGAAUGAUUACGAGAUACACAAUGAGAGAACUACAGGGGAGAGCACUUAGACAAUUCACUUUGAGUACAGGGAAGUCCGCUGGGAGGAAUUCCUCAGGGCGUAUUACGGUUUUUCACCGAGGGGGUGGAUCGAAGCGAUUGCAGCGAAGAAUUGAUCUGAAACGAAGCACUUCGUCUAUGGGCAUUGUAGAAAGGAUCAAAUAUGACCCUAAUUGUUCUUCUCGGAUUGCUCCAGUAAGAUGGAUCGAGGGGGUGCUGCUACGCCGCUAGAGGAAAUGCAACACGAUAGAAGAGUUCGCUCCGCCGCGUAAGAUCCUCGAACCUACCAUGGCCACCAUCUACGGCCUAUUUUCGUUCUCUUCCCUGCCCGGGAAAGUGGAUCAAAGAAAGGUAGCUUGCUUCUCUCCUGGACUGAUGGCGGCUUAUGUAGUGGUCGGCCUUCCUACCAGAAUGCCUCCUUGGUCGAAGAGCCAAGCCAGCGCAGGAAGCAAAAAAACUUGCGCGAAGGACGUUUUCUUCUCUGCCCUCUCCUCUCAAAAGGCCAAGGGAGAUACUGCAUCCCUUUCCUUAGGUAGCUCUUUUGGUUUCCCAAGGAUAGCGGUAGCUGGGGCAAAGCCCGCUUUCUUCGCUCCGCGAAUGAGAGAGAAAGUCAGAGGAAAAAACACGUUCUCUCUUUGCGAGGUCCGAAAGUGGAGAACGCAUUGCGUUCUCUGGGCACAUAGGAUCAAACGUAAAGCAGCGCUUUCUUGGCAGAGUUUGAGGCGGCAAGACACUUUAGGGCUUGUUGGAGCUGCUGAGCAUAACGAAUCGAAGCCGAAGGCGGAUCAAGGUAGCUUGCUCCCAAGCCAAGUGCUUGCUUACGCUUUAUGUAGUGGUCGGCCUUCCUACCAGAAUGCCUCUAGAAGCUUCUACAAAGCUUUGCUUCCGGUAGAAGCUAGUCGCUUCGGUAGCUUGCCUGCCAAGCCGAUAGGCGAAGGGCCGAAGGAUGGAGCGUGCAAAGUCGAUCGUGCACCUGUCGUGUUCACACGGGAAGAGAGGUCAAAUGGCGGCAAGGCCAUACGCCCGUGUGGCUCCUCGCGGAGUAUAGCUCACAUCCAACAUCUGAUUGGGGAACGGGGCAACGCCCAUGAAGCUCCGGCGGAAAGGGAAGGCCUGCCAGGCCGUAUGCCCAUGGGUGCAGGAUUCUUCGAAAAAGCGCGGGCUGACUCGGAGACCUGGGACCGUCGGCUUAGCAACGAAAAGGGAAGCUCGAAGAGCUUUCUCCGCCAGCGGCUUAUGUAGUGGUCGGCCUUAUAAAGCUCGCUAAGCUUCGCUUCCCCCCCAGACCCCCCCUAGUAGUCGGCAUUCUAUAAGCGACGUCGUCGAGUCUACGAAGCUUUGCUUCUUGUAGUCGGCCCGUAAUGCAAUGCCUCCCUUCAUUCCUAAAGUCUCCUUCCAGCCCAGAA